GAGAGGCAGCACAGGGCAAAUCGCUCACCGCUGCUCUUCAUCAUGCCAGCUUUGGGAUGGCGAGUGUUCGCGGUCAUCAACCGAAUGGCAGCGCGCAAGGUGUCCUCUCCACGACCAUGGCACCACAUGGGAGCGUGAGCAAGAUCUCGGCGACAGCACUGCACAAGACCACGGUCGCCGAUGACGCCGCGGCGGAGACGAGCUCAGGGGAAGACACCUCCGUCACACACAAGGACAACGCCUCACCGCGCAAGAAUCUCGGCGCAGACGGACAGUCCACCCAACCGCUAGGCAGCUCGGAGUCGGCGAGAAAGGCGCAUGCGCCGCGAUCACCAACGAAGACAGCGCGACGACGGGGCACGAGGCCCGAGUGCGGGGCGCCCCAGUUCACGCUGUGCGCGGAAUCCCGGCGCGAGUUCUUCUACCGGGCCGAGGCGGGCACGUGCGCCGUCGCCACGCAGGCGGCCUCCUCGUUCUGCAACCGGAGCCCGAACCGCUUCGCCAGCCUGCGCAGCUGCCGCCGCAGCUGCGUGGACGCCAUUAUGCCGGCACAGCGCUGCUUCGACAAGCCCGUACUCGGCGGCUGCUCAGGGAACCUGGUAGCCACGGCCUGGUGGUUCUUCGACGGCCGCCGCUGUGUCCAGUGGCAGUUCCCGGGAGGACAAUGCCCGGUGCCGGGCCACGCGUUCCGCAGCCUCGCGCAGUGCCAUAGGCAGUGCGGCGCCGGACGGAAGUCACGGAAGCCAGCGUGGCGGUGCCGCCGUCCAUCUAGCCGAACCUGCAGCGGGCAGCAGCUGCGGUUCCCGUACUUCGCCCACAUGUCCCGGAGCGGCCGCAUCCUGUGCCUGCAGGUGUCGGCGGACCGCGUGCUGCAACAGCGCUGCCUGGUGGGCGCCAACCGCUUCCACAGCCUUGCCGGCUGCCGCGCUGCCUGCGUCACGCAUCGCACGCCCUUCAGGCCGCGGCCCCGUGUGGCUCCCAGGCGCCGGCGAUCGAGGCACAGUCUUCGGCGACUAACAGCGAGAGCAAGGAAGGGCUCGCACAAUUGA